AUGACCGAGCAAGCACUUACACUGUCACUUUCACAUACAGGCAUCCAAGCGGGCUACAGGAAGCCAACUGUCGAGGAUUUUGACGAGAAGGAAGAGGAAGUGCGUGUCGAAAGUCGAACGGACAUUGGCACCUCUGACGAAUACGACCUGUCAGAAGAGGGAGACUACUUUGCUUCCAAGUUUGACUUGAGCACACGCGGCUCGGACACCAGUGGUCAAGAUUCGGAGCAGGAUGAGCCGAAGGAGGAGGAGAAGAACAGAAAAGACGAGAAGAGGCGGAUAAUGAGGGAGCAGGCCAAAGAGUUUUUGCGGGCCGCACCAGCGGGGAUAAGCGGGAGGGUGCGGGAGCUGAUGGAGAAGCUGGCGAGGGGGGAGGAAGUUGAGGAUUUGGAGGAGGAGGAGGACUCGGAAGACGAGGAAUCCGAUGAUAAGGAAUCCGACGUGGGCAUGGACAAAUGGGAGGCAAAGGCCAAGAUGGCGAAGGAGGUGAAGAGGAGACAUGAGGAGGAGUUGAUCAAGUAUUGGCUGGCAAAGCUCAUCAAGGAAGACUGGGAGUAUGCGGAGGAGGAAAUCGGGGACAUGGUCAGGAUAGAAAGAGGGGAAACCAGGAGGGAAGCCAAGCUGAUUAUGUGUCGGUAG